GGGGAUUGGCACCGGCCAGUAGUUAAAGGAGGCGGCCGGCAGCCGUGCUCCUCUAGAGCAGAGCAUGGGCGAUCCUCUUUAGUGGUCGGCUCGCCAGUCCUUGUGAUUUCCCCGCCUGCCUCCCACCGUUGCACCUUUUUUCCACCGCGACGGCCAAGGUCAUCAUCUUGCAGAACUUCAGGAACAACUGCAACCAUGGCCACUUCUGCGAGUUCCCACUUGAGCAAAACUAUAAAACAAAUGUACAUGAAACUGCCUCAAGGUGACAAGGUGCAAGCUAUGUACAUAUGGAUUGAUGGAACUGGUGAAUUCUUGCGCUGUAAAACCCGGACAUUGGAACGUGAACCUAAGAACGUUGAAGACCUACCAGAGUGGAAUUUUGAUGGCUCAAGCACUUUCCAGUCUGAAGGCUCAAACAGUGACAUGUAUCUUGUGCCUUCAGCCAUGUUUCGAGAUCCUUUCCGCAAAGACCCAAACAAACUGGUUUUAUGUGAAGUUUUAAAGUACAACCGCAAGCCUGCAGAAACAAAUCUACGAUUUACUUGUAAACGGAUUAUGGACAUGGUGUCUAACCAGAACCCUUGGUUUGGAAUGGAGCAAGAAUAUACCCUUCUAGGAACAGAUGGACAUCCCUUUGGUUGGCCUUCCAAUGGCUUUCCUGGACCACAAGGGCCAUACUACUGUGGAGUUGGAGCAGACAAAGCUUAUGGUCGAGACGUUGUAGAAGCCCAUUAUCGGGCCUGCCUAUACGCAGGUGUGAACAUUGGAGGCACAAAUGCAGAAGUUAUGCCAGCACAGUGGGAGUUUCAGGUGGGCCCUUGCGAAGGUGUUGACAUGGGUGAUCACCUCUGGAUUGCUCGAUUCAUCCUUCAUCGAGUAUGUGAAGACUUCGGUGUCAUUGUAUCUUUUGACCCCAAGCCUAUUCCUGGCAACUGGAAUGGAGCUGGAUGCCACACUAACUUCAGCACUAAGAACAUGCGAGAGGAAGGAGGCCUCAAGCAGAUCGAAGAUGCCAUUGAGAAACUGGGUAAGCGCCACCAGUACCACAUCCGCGCCUACGAUCCCAAAGGAGGGCUGGAUAACGCCAGGCGCUUGACCGGUUUCCAUGAAACAUCAAACAUCCAUGAGUUCUCUGCUGGAGUCGCCAACCGCGGGGCCAGCAUUCGUAUCCCAAGAAACGUGGGCCAGGUUAAAAAGGGCUACUUUGAGGAUCGACGGCCCUCCGCUAACUGCGACCCGUAUGCUGUGACCGAAGCACUAGUCCGCACCUGUCUGCUCAAUGAAACUGGCGACGAACCUUUUGAGUACAAGAACUAAGUGGGCAUGUCCCAUUGUGCUCCCGCUCUCCUCUGCAUUUUCUAGAUAUUAAUUGUGAGGGCAUGAAAUUCCAUGUUUGUGCUCCCUCUCCUAAAACUGACCCUUUUAUUUCUUUGUAUGGGAGAGGGAAGUGUAGUCUCUUUCACUGUUCGUUCUGUCAUUUGAGGGGCACAGGAGAAGACAGGUGGGGUUUUACCACUAUUUCAUGUAAUCCAUCUGUAUGUCUUUGACAGAGUUUCAGUAGCUUCCAGGAAUAGAUGCCAAAAUUUGAGACCUGGGUUGUGGAGUGGAGAUAGAAAAAGUAAUUAUCUUUGGGGUCUAAUUGUUCUCCCUCCCUGGAUUUGCGCUUCAUGGGCUGUGCUGAAAUGAGCAAAAGUGCAAUUGUGUGUCAUUCACUUUAGUGAAAUGUAUUUGGCAUCUUACCACCACUCAAAGUGCUGGUACUCAAUACAGAUCCACAAGGAAGUUCUCUCAAGGACAGGAAGACCUAUACUAACCUUUUCCUUUUCCUUUGGACUCCUAAAGUAUUCCUACAUACAGACCUUUUCCUGCCAGAAUUAGAAAUAUUUUCAUGUUCUUAGGUCUUAGGCCAUUGUUCCCUUCUUGGGAUUAGAAAUUGUAGGUUUUAUUUAAGAAGUUGCAGAACGCUUCAGUCUGUUCUUGGAAGCUAAUUGAUUUUCUGUUUCUAACACAAAGUGAAAUAGUCUUUUUAUAUAUAUUUAAAUGUCUAAAAACACCUAUGAAAA